AUGCCCUGCUUGGCCCCCCUGAGUGGCAGGAGAUUACCAAAAAUUGACUUGACCUUGAUUUCGCCCGGCAUUUCGGACGCUAGCUCUCGCUCACGCUUAGGGAAUGGUGCGCCCAUUACAGGGACGGCUAUCUACCUGACUGCCAACCUUGCGACCUGGGGGAAGACGUGGGCACUGUGGACCGGUAUUGUCGCCAAUGUGCCUGGCUACACUGGUGUUACGGGUGGUUGGAUGGUGGAGCAGGUGAUGGCUACAGCCCCUGCUUUGUAG